AUGGUUUGUGCCUGGACGGCCAGUGCUCCUCUGCUCGCUGCAGCACUAGUAGCGGCGCUGGCAAUGGCCUGCUCGCUGGGUUAUGGGACUUAUGCGCCGGCAGAGCAGGAGGCCGCCGGCGCCGGCGGGAACGACGUGAGGUUGAGGCAGCCUCCGAUCACGCGCGGCCUGUCCUUCGACUUCUACAAGCGAAGCUGCCCCAGGGCGGAGUCCAUCGUGCGCCACUUCGUCCGGAACGCCGUCCGCAAGGACGUCGGCCUCGCCGCCGGCCUCCUCCGCCUCCACUUCCACGACUGCUUCGUCCAGGGCUGCGACGCGUCGGUGCUUCUGGACGGGUCGGCCACGGGGCCGGGGGAGCAGCGGGCGCCGCCCAACCUCACGCUGCGCCCGUCCGCCUUCAAGGCCAUCAACGACAUCCGGGACCGGCUGGAGCGCGAGUGCCGCGGCGCCGUGGUGUCCUGCUCCGACAUCCUGGCGCUCGCCGCGGGCGACUCGGUGGUCGCCACGGGCGGGCCCAAGUACCGCGUGCCCCUCGGCCGGCGCGACAGCCCGCGCUUCGCCACGCGGCAGGACGUGCUGUCCGGCCUCCCCGCGCCCACCUCCGCCGUGCCGUCCCUCCUCGACGUGUUCCACAACCACAGCAUCGACCUCGACGCCACCGACCUCGUCGCGCUCUCCGGCGGGCACACCGUGGGGCUCGGGCACUGCGCCUCCUUCGAGGGCCGCCUCUUCCCGCACCCAGACCCGACCAUGAGCCCCGACUUCCUGGGCAGGCUGAAGCGAACGUGCCCGGCCAAGGGCACCGACCGCCGCACCGCGCUGGACGUGCGCACGCCCGACGUGUUCGACAACAAGUACUACGUGAACCUGGUGAACCGGGAGGGCUCUUCGUGUCGGACCAGGACCUCUUCACCAACGACGCCACCCGGCCGGCGGUUCACGCGCAGCCAGCGGUACUUCUUCAACCAGUUCGGCGUGUCCAUGGUGAAGAUGGGCCAGAUCAGGGUGCUCACCGGCGACCAGGGCCAGGUCCGCCGCAACUGCUCCGCCAUUAACCCCGGCACCGUCGACGGCCUCGAGUGGUCGUCCCUGGUGCAGACCGUCGUGUACGCCGCUGCGGAGAGCCUCGGUUUGUACCAUUAG